CCCACGGUCCGUGAACGCAGCGCGACUCCCAGCCCGCCUGCGUGUUGAGGUGAUCCAUGGCAACAGAGGCGCAGCCGCCGCGCGCGCACCUCCAGUCUCCACACGCUGCUCGAUGAAGCCGCAAGGCGCCGACCAGCCCCUCGCUCUCUGCGGCGUCCGUUGACUGAAGUCGGGACCAGCUGACGGCAGCCGCGACCCGCAGCGCCACCGACGGCCGCGGCGACAUGCUCGCAGCCGCCGGAGCCUAACCCAGCCGCCGCCCCCCGGAGCCGCACAGCAUGAGCCGCGCGAGCAGCGUUUGAUUCCCGCUAGCCGCGACGCCGCUUCUCUCCCAGCCGCUCUCUCUCCGUCGAAGCUCCGCGCGCCAGCGUCGCCGUGAAGAUGGCGACGGGCUCGGGCUCGGGCUCGGGCUGGCAGCCGCACUACUGCCCCGCCGCCGGGCCGGCCAGGUUCAGCUCACCCGCGCCCACCUUCCCGCCGGGCCUGGCCCUGGAAUACUCGCAGGACCUGCACCUGAAGAUGAGCAAGAAGAUCGCCCAGCUGACCAAGGUGAUCUACGCACUGAACACGAAAAACGACGAGCAUGAGGCGGCGAUCGCCACGCUGAAGGAGGCGCACGAGGAGGAGGUGCAGCAGAUCCUGUCGGAGACCAGAGAGAAGAUCCUGCAGUACAAGAGCAAGAUCAGCGAUGAGAUGGACCUGAAGAGGCGGAUCCAGAGUCUGGAGGAGUCCAUGGAGCUCCACGAGAGGAUGAAGCGGCAGGCGCUGGCUGAGUUCGAGAGCUACCGUCAGAGGGUGGAGGACAUGCAGCUGUGCACUGAAGCCCAGCACACACAGCGGGUGGUGUCCAUGUCCCGGGAGGUGGAGGAGAUGCGGCGCUCCUUCGAGGACAAGCUGCGCACCUUCAGCCAGGCGCAGACGCAGUUUGAGCAGGAGAAGAAGGUGGCCCUGGAGGAGCUGAAGGGCCAGCACCGGCAGGAGAUCCAGGAGCUCCUGCGCAGCCACCAGAGCCAGAACGCCAACUACAGCAAGGACCAGGAGAAACUGGGCCAGCUCCACAAAGCCGAGGUGGACUCUCUGUCGGAGCGAGUGGAGGAGCUGAAGCAGGACAAGAAGAGGCUGGUGGACGAGUACGAGGCCAAGCUCAGCAAGGCUCAGGCUUUCUACGAACGCGAGCUGGAGGCCAUGAAGAGAACCCAGCAGCUGACCGCCGACAACCUGCUGGCGUGGAAGCGCACGGAGGCCGAGCUGCGGCGGGAGUUCCAGACUCAGGAGGCGGCGCUGCAGAAGACGCUGGGCAAGCUGCGGGCGGAGCUGGCCCGCGUGAGCGACGAGGCUCGGGACAACAGGGAGCGCUCCUUCAAGCUCCAGUCGGCGCUCAACAGCUCCGAGAGCAACGUGAAGGAGCUCACGAAGCAGCUGGAUGAGGUGACCCAGAACUCCGAGAUCGUGGAGAUCCGUCAGAAGGAAGCCGAGUGUGAGCUGGAGGCCGCUCGAGAUCGAGUCCAGCAGCAAGCCACUGAGAUCCUGCUCAAAGCCAGUCAGAUCAGCAGCCUGCAGGCCACGCAGAUGACCCAGGAAGCCGCCAUCAGGGACCUGGACAACGAGCGCAGCCGGCUGAAGGACAAGGUGCUGAGGAUGGAGGAGGAGAGGGAGGCGCUGCAGAGCCAGGGCCAGGCGCUGGACGACAGGCAGAAGCAGCAGAUCCAGUCGCUGGAGAAGACCCUCCAUGAGGAGAAAUUAUCCCACGACAGGGAGAUGAGCAACAUGAGAGCCCGGUACGAAGAGGAAGGCGGCCAGAUGAAGGACAGCCAGGCCCGGGCUCUGGAGGAGGUCUCCAGGAAACACAGACUGACCCUGGAGAGCGCGCUCAGCAACGCCGAGAAGGACAAGAACCGUCUGCUGGCCGAGCUGGAGCAGCAGUUUCAGAGAGAACGUCAGAGUCUGGAGGAGCAGAAGACCCUCCUGAGGCAUCAGCUGGACGAGCUGCGAGAAGAACUGACCACCAAGCUGAAGGAAGCCAACGAGGAGGUGACCCGACUUCAGGGCGAGGUCCAGCAGGGCGAGAGCAACAUCGGUUCUGCUGAGGGUCAGAUCUCCACACUGAAGGAGGCGCAGGACAAACUGCUGGAGGAGCUGGACGCCACCAGAGCUCGGCUGAGAGAGACCAGCAACCUGCUCACCGCCCUGCAGGGCGAGCUGGAAUUCCAAAAACGACAACACGAGGCCAAAAUCAUCACCACCAAAGAGGAGGAGAAGCAUAAGAUGGACAAGAUGGCGCUGGAGUUGGAGCUCAAGUGGACCGAGACCCUCAGGCAGGAGUGUAAGAAGCUGCGCGAGGAGCUGAGGGAGGUGCACGAGGAGGACAAGGCGGCCGCCCUGGCUCAGCUGUCUCAGAGCAAGGAGCAGGAGCAGGUCAGCGCCCGGGAGAGCUGGCAGAGGAAGGUGGAGGACCUGCUGGAACAGAUCUCGUUGCUGAAGCAGAGUCUGGAGAUGCAGCUGUCGCAGUCGCAGUCGUCGCUGCAGCAGCUGCAGCACCAGUUCAGCCAGGAGAGGGAGCACCUGAGGAUGCAGCUGGACGAGCUGCAGACCGAGCACCAGAGGAGGCAGCAGCGUCUGCAGGAGGCUCAGUGCUGCGCCCUGCAGGACAUGGAGCACGCCAGGCAGCGGGACCUGAAGGACCUGGAGGAGCGACUGCGCCACCACCACCACGCCGAGCUGCAGUCUCUGAGAGAAGCUCACCGUCAGAGCAUCGAGACUCUGAAGCAGCAGUCGGAGCAGGAGCUGCAGACGCUGCGCUUUGAGCUGGAGGACGAGGGCAAAGCCAUGCUGGCGUCGCUGCGGUCAGAGCUGAACCACAUCCACGCGUCGGCCAUCGAGCACCUGAGGCAAACCCACCAACAGGAGUCGGCGGCGGCCAAGAAGGAGCUGGAGAAGACUGUGGAGAGCAGCCGGCAGCAGGAGCGGGAGCUGCUGGGUCGGAUCAGCGAGCUGCAGGAGGACGUGUCCCGGAGGAAGAACCACAUCGCUCAGCUGGACCACCAGAUCCACACACUGAACGAGAACAUCAGCACGCUGACCAAGGAGCUGGAGCUCAAGGGCAAGGAGGUGCUGAAGAUCCGGAGCGAAGCCAAUCAGCAGAUCAGGGCCCACGAACAGGAGCUGACCAAGCGGCACGAGAGGGAGAUCGGCGAGCUGAGCGUGUCUCACAGCCGGGAGACGCAGAACAUGCUGUCGGACUUCAACAAGGCCCAGGAAGUCCUGAAGGACAAGAUCUCCGCCCUGCAGAUCCUUCUGGAGGGGACGGAGGAGAAGUUCCGGAACAGGGAGAGCCGUCCUGAAGACCUGCAGGUCAUCGCCGAGCUGAAGGACAUGGUCUCGGAGAGGGAGUCGCUGGUGAAGAAACUGGUGGACGAUAAGAAGUUCUACCAGCUGGAGCUGGUCAACAGAGAGACCAACUUCAACAAAGUCUUCAAUGCCAGCCCCAACGUAGGAGUCAUCAACCCUCUCAUCAAGCAAAAGAGAAAGAAUGAGAAAGCAGCAGCCAGCAGAUUCAGCAGCUCUCCUAGUCUCAGGGCGCUGGAGGCGGCCGGCUCGGGCAGCGGACAGCCGCCGCCGCCGCCGCCGGCCCAGCCCGGCCGCCUAGAGCCCAUCCCCAACUCCCCCCUCCACCACCUCCAGCUCAACUCCAACAAACCUCUUCCCCCGCCGACCCCUCCCACCGAACCCAAGAAGUUCCUGAGCCCUCCUGAAACCAAGGACUCUGCCAUCGACUCUGCCGACGUCCAGCGUCAGGAGUGGUUCGCUCAGUACUUUUCCUUUUGAUUGACCACCAACCUGCCAACAGGAGGAUUCAGCAUGUCAAGCAGAACUUUCAAAAAAAAAAAAAACAAAAAAAAAAAAAAAGAGGGAGAACAAUCCAAACUCUUUGUUCUUUAUCGUCAUCCAUCCGUUCGAUUCACUGUCCGUCGCUGGAAUCCAACGCACAGAACUUGAUGUCAUUGGUUUUCACGCUGAGCUGGAGUGGAGCGGUCUGAUGGUUUUCUCUCAGAUUGUUGGACUGUGGACGUGUCUCCUCCGGUCGUACAGUGACGAUGAUCAUCCGUAUCUUUGAUGUUUCCGUUUCCUUACUUUCUGAUCGGCUUUCCUUGGAAGUAGACGACAACCCAGACGCUGGUCAUCAUGCUGCUAAUGGCCGUCGGUGGACCACAGUAAGACAUAUAUGUGUCAAGGCUAUACGGUAGGUGAUUGUGCUCUCUCUCUGUACGUGGGCCCACGCAGCAUCAUAGAGUAGGGGCCGGGUUCUGGUCUCAGGACUGUGGGAGGUUUGUUCCAGCCGCGUAGAUGUCUCAGCAGAUUUUGCUAGAAUAUAAAACAAAAACAGUUUGUAUGGUCGUCUGUCUCAACACAGAUAUAAUGAUGUCUCACCGAUUUUAAGAACAAAAAUAGCAUAUUUUAUAUUUAUAUUAUAACGUGUAUGCUUAAUAAAGGAUUCUUGUGACA